AUGAAAAGAAAGAAAUAUUUGUGUGUAAAAUAUUUGUUUGUUUGUUUUUUUUUACUUUUUUUCAUAAUACAUGUAAAAUGUAAUAAUGACAAUAUAAACAAUAAUAUAAAUAUUGAUUAUAAUGAGAACAGAAAAUGUGAUGAUAAUAUGAAUGAAUGUUUUCUCUAUAAAGAUGAAGAAGAAAAUAAUUUUUUGUCUUUAAGUAAUAUUGUAGUAAGUACAUCGUAUUAUUCUGAUGAUAAAAAAGAAGAAAUAAUAUUAUUAAAUCAUAAUGUGAAAGAAAAUGAUUAUGAUUAUAUAAUUAUAGAUGAAGUUGUAAGCUCCUAUGAAAUGAUAAAUAUAAAAUGUUCAUUUAAAAUAAAAAAGAGCUUUAAUAAAAACAAAUUAACUAUAUUAUUAGUAAAAGAAAUUAUGGAUAAAAGAAAUAGAAAGAGGGAUAUAAAAAUGAAAAAAGAUAUGAUAAAUGAUUUGGAUACAAAUAUUAUUAUAAAGGAUUUAAAAAAAGAAGAAACAUUUUUAUUUACAAAUAUUAUAGAUGAUAAUAAUAAUAUGGUAUAUUCCAAUUUAUCUCUUAUGUUAAUUAAUUUAAUUCCAUAUAGCAGUUAUUAUAAGAUGGAUAUUUUAAUAGGUGAUGAAAAUUAUUCUAUGAAAUUAUGUUUUUUAAAAAUGAAUUUUUUUUUUCAUAAUUCAUUAUCUAUAGUUAAAUAUCCAGAGAAAAAAAUAGAUAAUCUUAUAAUGAGGAGUAUUAUUAUGAAAAGUAUUGAUAAAAUAAGAAAGCUAAAUAUCAAAUGUAAUAAAUAUAAUAAUAUUGUAAAUCAUUAUGUUGUUUAUAAUUAUAGAGACUAUUAUUCAUUACCUUUAAUUUAUGAAGAAAAAAAUUAUAAUAUAGAAAAAAAUGAAAAUAAUAAAAAUAAGAUUGGCAACACAUUUGUUAUAAUUUUUAUAAUAUGUUUAUUAUUUUUGUUAUUUGUUAUGUAUAUAUAUAUUAUAUUUAUAUAUUUACAAUAUAAUAUAAAAAAUAUAUAUACUCAAUAUAUUUAUUAUUUAUUCUUUAUUUCUCUUAUGUCUAUAAUUUUUUUGUUUAUUUUGUAUGAUCUAUAUUAUAAUAUUAUUCAAAUAUGUAUAAUCUUUAUAUGUACAUGUACAUUUUUUUUGUUCAUUUUUUAUAAAACCUUGAAGGCUUUAAGAGAACAUAGAAAGUCUUCAUAA